AUGCCGCAGGAUAUGCCCCCCGUCGGGGGCUACGGGCCGGUACAGUACAAGCGCAACCUGCCCGCCCCGUCCUUCCGCCCCGGCACCCUCAUCCUAGGCAUGGGCGCCGUCAUGAUCUACGGCUUCUACAAGCUCGGGCAGGGUAUCAGGGAACAGAACGAAUUGGCCCGCGAAAAGAUGUGGUCGCGCAUCCACCUCAUCCCCCUCCUCCAGGCCGAAGAAGACCGCGAUCUGGUCCGAAGACAUCUGGCCGACCAGGCCCGAGAGAAGGAGCUGCUGGGCGACAACUUCAAGGUGUACAACUCGGAUCGAUACGUCAGACCUACCUACGCCGUUACGCCGUCGACAACCUCCAAGUAA